AACAGGCUCUCUUAAAGUAAUAAAGGGACCACAAAGGAAGUCGUGCGACCAGAGCUCAGUAGACCUGCGCUGCACAUCCACUUGUUGAGUUCACAACAGUUCGUCGUCGCUCUAUUUAAAGAGUCAUCAACAUGUCACACGGUCUGGUCAGACGGGAGUCGGUGGAAACGGAGAUGCACAAGUCCGAAGACAAAACAAAAACCUUCGUUUACACCAAAAAGAGGGGCUACGAUGUUACCCGAAAUCCCCCCACGAACAAGGGCAUGGCUUUCUCCCUGGAGGAGCGUCUCCAGCUGGGGAUCCACGGCCUGCUGCCUCCCAGCUUCACCGACCAGGACGUCCAGCUGCUCCGAGUGCUCAAGAACUACGAGAUGAAGAGAGACGACCUGGACAGAUAUGUGUUUCUGAUGGGGCUCCAGGACCGCAACGAAAAACUCUUCUACCGGGUGCUGAUGUCAGACAUCGAAAGGUUCAUGCCCAUCAUUUACACCCCCACUGUGGGCCUGGCCUGCCAGCAAUAUAGCCUGAUAUUUAGAAGAGCGAGGGGGCUGUUCAUCACUAUUCAUGACCGGGGCCACAUUUCUACGCUGCUCCAGAACUGGCCAGAAAAGGAUGUCAGGGCGGUGUGUGUGACGGAUGGAGAGAGGAUCCUGGGGCUGGGAGACCUGGGCUGCUGUGGCAUGGGCAUCCCAGUUGGCAAGCUGGCCCUUUAUACAGCCUGUGGAGGUGUGCCACCACAGCAGUGCCUGCCUAUCAUGCUGGACGUGGGCACUGACAAUGAGGCGCUGCUGAAGGACCCUCUCUACAUUGGGCUGAGGCAUAAGAGAGUGAGAGGCCAGGCCUACGAUGACCUGCUGGAUGAAUUUAUGCAGGCUGUGUCUGACAGGUAUGGAAUGGACUGUCUGAUUCAGUUUGAGGACUUUGCAAAUGUUAAUGCUUUCCGGCUGCUGAGCAAGUACCGCAACAAGUACUGCACGUUCAACGAUGACAUCCAAGGUACUGCUGCUGUUGCAGUAGCUGGACUCCUGGCCGCUCUCCGCAUCACCAAGAGCAAAAUGUGUGACCACACAAUUGUGUUCCAGGGUGCAGGGGAGGCAGCGAUGGGGAUUGCUGAGCUGAUCACCAUGGCUAUGGAGAAGGAGGGACUCGCUAAGGAAGAGUGUGUAAAGAAGAUCUGGAUGGUUGAUUCCAAGGGUCUCAUUGUCAAGGGUCGAGACCACCUGACUCAUGAGAAGGAGAGGUUUGCUCAUGAGCACCCACAGAUGAAGGGACUGGAGGAUGUGAUUCGGGAACUGAAACCCUCAGCUAUCAUUGGCGUGGCAGCUGUGGCCGGAGCCUUCACUGAGCAGAUCAUCACAGACAUGGCUUCCUUCAAUGAACGCCCAAUCAUCUUUGCCCUCAGCAACCCGACCAGCAAAGCAGAAUGCACUGCUGAGCAGUGUUACACGCUCACAGAGGGGCGGGGCAUCUUUGCCAGUGGCAGUCCAUUUGACCCUGUCACCCUGCCUGAUGGGAGGACGUUCCACCCUGGCCAGGGUAACAACGCCUACAUCUUCCCCGGCGUGGGCCUGGGGGUCACUGCAUGCGCUAUUCGACAUAUUACUGAGGAGAUCUUCCUCACUGCAGCAGAGGCUCUUGCUCACCUGGUGACAGAGAAGGACCUGGCAGAGGGAAGGUUGUAUCCUCCUCUCAGCUCCAUCAGAGACGUCUCUCUCAAACUGGCUGUCAAGAUCAUGGAGUAUGCCUAUGAGCACAACAUGGCGUCACUUCGCCCGGAGCCAUCCGACAAAGAAGCAUAUUUGCACUCACUCACCUUCAGCACUGAUUAUGAUGAGUUUUCUGUGGACUCGUACCGCUGGCCAGCGGACAAUAUGAUUGUGCAGUCAUGCAAACUUUAAUGCGCUGGAUAGAGAGACAGGAUGAGCCCAGGAGGGGCGUGGUAACUACUGACAUGCAAUAUCAUCACAGGACGUGAUGUCGGCUGUGUGUAGAAUUUUCUCAAUUAUAUAUUACUGUGAAAUGAAUGGUGGCAACACAUGUAGUUUUGUUCUUUAUGUCUUUGACGUCUACUCUCCAGUAGUGAAAAGAAUGAUAGUUUAAGAAUACUGUAAAAGAAUUUACAAAUCACUGAAAAGAAGGAAGCUGAACAUGAAACAGGAAGUAGUUUGCAGAACUUGUGAAAUAUUGCACUAAUUGUUGUAUCACAUUACAUUUUACGAUAAUAUAUUCGGGAAAGUCCUUCACAGAAUACUUUUAGUUGUACUGUAAAAGGCAGUUACUUUAUGACUGUGUCAGCUUUAAUCCAAAAACUCUGUCAAAUAAAAAUGGUU